AUGGCUUCUCUCGUCCGUGUCCCCAUCCGACGCAACCCUCACUACCGACGCAACGGUCUCAAGUCCUACGUCUACAUGCUCAACAAGUACCGCAUUUCCCCAACCAUCAAGGGCCCAUACUCCGCUGUCAAAGGCAAGAAACUUCUCGUCGAGCAGAACGCAGAUGGGUCUCAGGGAGAAGUCUCUGCCACUGAUCAACAAAAUGACUCCCUUUAUACCUGUCCGGUCAAGAUUGGCACACCAGCUCAGACGCUGAACUUGGACUUCGACUCGGGAUCCUCCGACCUCUGGUGCUGGUCAACUGAACUGCCACAGAGCACUCUAUCUGGAGGCAAAGGCCAUACCAUCUUCGACCCUUCCAAGUCAACGACGUUCAAGACCACCCAAGGCUCCACCUGGCAGAUUCAAUACGGUGAUCAAUCAUCCGCAUCUGGGAACGUGGGGACAGACAACAUCGAGAUUGGCAACAUCACAGUUAAGAACCAAGCCAUUGAGCUCGCCACCAAACUAUCGUCUCAGUUUACUCAAGAUGCUACGUCCGAUGGCCUCCUGGGUCUUGCUUUCGGUUCGAUCAACACGGUGCAGCCCAAGCCCGUCCAGACACCGGUUGCCAACAUGAUUGCCCAAGACGACAUCCCUCAGAAUGCCGAGUUGUUCACCUGCUAUCUUGGUUCCAUCAAAGACGUAAACGAAGAGUCAUUCUACACCUUUGGCCAAAUUGAUCAGUCAGUCAUCCCUUCUGGCUCGAGUAUUGCCUACACCCCUGUCGACAACUCUCAGGGUUUCUGGAUGUUUGACUCGACCUCUGCCCAAGUGAACGGCAAGACCAUUCAACUCUCAGGGAACAAAGCGAUUGCUGACACCGGCACCACCCUGCUCCUCACAUCCGAUGAGGUUUGCCAAGCAGUCUACAGUGCCAUUCCUGGCGCGCAACAAGACAGCAGCCAGCAGGGCUGGGUGUUUCCUGCGAACACUGCCGAAAAUGACCUUCCUUCUGUCACGUUUAUGGUUGGCAACACUCCAAUUACCAUUGAGAAGCAACACCUCGCUUUUGCUGGUGGCGCUGAUGGCAACAUGGUGUAUGGGGGCAUUCAGUCUCGUGGCGACUUAAACUUCGACAUCUUUGGAGAUACCUUCUUACAGAAUGUCUAUGCUGUCUUCGAUGUCGGCAACACGAGACUCGGUGUAGUACAGCGUGCUGUUCCAAGUUCUAGCCAGGCAUCUAAUCAAGCCCCAACCUCUAACCAGGCCAAGGCUGAAUUGUGA